AUGGCAACAGCAAUGGGAGGCUUACAUGGGCCAGUGGUUGCAGCUUCCUGGACUAAAGAAUGCACCUUCCAAUUGUUGUCAAAUUGCUUUCUGCAGAAACCAAUUUUCACCAAGACCUCCACUGCUAAGCUCAGUUUUCCUUGCAUGCCAUUUAUUGGGGUUGCCUUCAAGAAAACAGAAACUCAUGUUGUAUCUCCUAACAUAUCUUCACCAAGCGUGACGACGGGGUUACUUGAUGCAUGGGACGAUGAAUAUGGCGGAGUCAUAAUGAAUUCAGAGAGCCUACCCAUGAGUGCAAAUGCUUUUGCAUCUGCUUUUCAGGCUUCUCUGUCCAACUGGAAAAUUAAGGGGAAAAGAGGGGUAUGGCUCAAAAUACUACAAGAGCAAGCUGAUCUUGUCCCAAUUGCAAUUCAGGAAGGUUUCAACUAUCACCAUGCUGAACCAGGAUUUGUUAUGUUAACAUACUGGAUACCCAAUGAGCCUUGCAUGCUUCCUGCUAGCCCCUCACAUCAAAUUGGCAUUGCAGGAUUUGUGAUCAAUGACAAAAGAGAGGUUCUUGUGGUAAAAGAGAAGUGCCCUUGUAGCUGCUCUGGUGUGUGGAAGUUGCCCACUGGUUAUAUCAACAAGUCUGAAGACAUAUUCUCUGGAGCUAUCAGAGAAGUGAAAGAAGAAACUGGUGUUGACACAACUUUCCUGAAAAUGGUAGCUUUCAGGCAUGCACACCUGGUUGCAUUUGAUCAGUCAGACUUGCUCUUUGUCUGCAUGCUCAAGCCAUUGUCUUAUGACAUCACAAUAGAUGACAAGGAAAUCCAAGCUGCUAAGUGGAUGCCUCUUGAUGAGUUUAUUGCCCAGCCAUAUUACCAAGAUGACCCCUUGUCCAAGAAAGUCAUUGAGAUAUGCACUGCGGCUCAAGAAGAUCGCUACAGUGGCUUCACUGGUCAUCAGCUCAACUCAAAAAUUGAUGGAAAAUUAUCCUACUUGUAUUAUGAUGAUUUAAAAAAUAUUUAGAAAUUUCAUCUUCUAUAUUAUUCCAA